ACGUGUGAUUCCGGUACAGAGUGUCAAACCCUUGAUCGGAUCGAUGCGCAAGUGAAAGAAUAUUUUCGUCACUUCCCCAAGCUCAGCGGUAUCUUCUUCGAUGAAGCAUGCCCGAAAAGAUGGAUUUGCUCCGCUUUCACCGAUGAAUACCACAGGUUGCGCAGCAUUGUGAGGAAAUACAAUUCAAAGGCAACGAUUGCUUUCAAUGUAGCAGUACCAGAUCGUUGCACUAUUGCUGGAUUAAAACGUGGUGAAAUUAUUGUCGUUUUUGAGAACAGCUUUGACGACUAUGCAAAACGAGCAGAUGCAAUUAGAACUUCUNCAUAAUGUUGGGGAUAUUGUAUGGUGUUUGAUUCAUAGUGUUUCUGAUAUUCCCUUAUUGCAAUCAACAAUUAACACUGCGAGCAAUAUGAAUAUUGAUUUGUUUUAUGCAACCGAUAUUGGAGGGAAUUGGACAUAUGAGAAUACAUGGGGAUCCCCACCAACCUAUUGGGACAAACAAGUGGAAUUACUGAAUCCGAAGCGAAAAGGAUAA